GAUUUGUCUCCUUUCAUAGUUCCAUGCUGUGGGUAGGAUUGUUGAUCCGUGUAACUAUAAGAACAAGAGAACUCGGGAUUGGAUUACCAGGAGAUUUUUCUUCUCUCCUUAAUUCUUCAACGUGGAAUCGCAUGUUCGAAUGAUCGCCGUAAAUUUCUGGUUUAGGUGCAGCUCUUCUAAGAUUUGGUUUUUGGACUUGAUAUGCUGAAGAUCUUAUUGUUGCGGGCUUGUUAAAGCUGAAGUGAAAAAGCUGUUUGCAAGUUCAAUUUUAAUUAUCAUGGGAAUACCAGGUGCAACGCUGCAAGGGCUCUUCGGGGUUGUAUCGGGUUCCUCUUCCGGUGUAUUGGCCGGUACAACACAGUUGAUCACAACCUGGGACACUCAUGCGAGGUCUAAGCGGAAGAAGUGCUCAUUUAACAUGAAGUUGCAUUCUUAUUCAAGAAUUAGCCAAAAUUUGGUCACUGUAAAUGGGAAAAAGAUAAAAUCUUCCUAUGGAAAAGCGGAAAGGAAGAGGUUUCAGCUUUUGAAAGGCCGAUGUCACCGUACUGAUGGCGUCACUGGGAUUUCAAAUGAGGAUGGUAAUGGUGCCUUGCUGAAAGGGAAGUCGGGUGCAAAAAGCCAGUUGCUUCAUGAGGCCGCUGCUCAGAAGGUUUUGGGUAUUGAGGAGAUUAAACAAGUGAGACAUGUUAAUGAAGAAAUCAGCUCAAAUGAUAGGAAAUGUGCAGCUACUGGAGCAGUGAACUUUGCAACACCAAAGAGGAAAGGAUCGUCCAUUGAGGAUGAAGCCUUGCAUCUUCUACAAGAGUCUGUUGUGUACUACUGUGGGACUCCUGUUGGCACUAUUGCGGCAAAGAUCCUUACUGAUGGAAGUGAUCUAAAUUAUGAUCAGGUUUUCAUACGUGACUUCAUUUCUUCAGGUAUUGCAUUUCUGUUGAUGGGUGAGUACGACAUUGCUCGCAACUUCAUCCUCCACACACUUCUUCAGUUGCAGAGCUGGGAGAAAACUAUGGACUGCCACAGUCCAGGCCAAGGACUGAUGCCAGCCAGCUUUAAAGUUCGGACAGUUCCACUAGAUGGCGAUGAUUCCGCAACUGAGGAGGUGCUGGAUCCAGACUUCGGAGAGGCUGCAAUAGGGCGUGUUGCCCCAGUAGAUUCAGGAUUAUGGUGGAUUAUUUUGCUAAGAGCAUAUGGAAAAUGUUCUGGGGAUCUUUCAGUUCAGGAGAGAAUUGAUGUACAGACAGGAAUUACAAUGAUUCUAAAAUUGUGUCUUUCUGAUGGCUUUGACAUGUUUCCUACAUUACUGGUGACAGAUGGUUCAUGCAUGAUAGAUAGACGUAUGGGAAUUCAUGGCCAUCCCCUUGAAAUUCAGGCACUUUUUUAUUCAGCUCUCUUAUGUGCACGUGAGAUGCUUGCUCCUGAAGAUGGAUCAGCAGAUCUUCUCCGAGCAUUGAAUAGCCGGCUGAUAGCAUUAUCUUUCCAUAUUAGGGAAUAUUAUUGGGUAGAUAUGAAAAAAUUAAACGAGAUCUAUCGUUACAAGACAGAGGAAUAUUCUUAUGAUGCCGUUAACAAGUUCAACAUUUAUCCUGACCAGAUCCCUCCAUGGCUGGUGGAAUGGAUACCUGAUAAAGGGGGUUACUUGAUUGGGAAUUUGCAGCCGGCUCACAUGGAUUUCCGUUUCUUUUCUUUAGGGAAUUUGUGGUCCAUUGUAAGUAGUUUGGCGACAACACAACAAUCACAUGCCAUUUUGGAUCUCAUAGAAGCUAAAUGGUCUGAUUUAGUGGCAGAUAUGCCUUUAAAGAUAUGUUAUCCAGCGCUUGAAGGACAGGAAUGGAGAAUCAUCACAGGCAGUGAUCCUAAAAACACGCCAUGGUCCUAUCACAAUGGAGGAUCUUGGCCAACCUUGUUGUGGCAGCUCACUAUAGCAUGCAUAAAGAUGAAUAGGAUGGAACUUGCUGCAAGAGCUGUGGAGGUUGCCGAGAGGCGCCUUUCUAUAGAUAAGUGGCCUGAAUAUUACGAUGCAAAGAGCGGUCGCUUCAUUGGAAAGCAAUCUCGUCUCUACCAAACAUGGUCCAUUGCUGGUUUUCUAGUUGCGAAGCAGCUACUGGCCAAGCCUGAUGCUGCUAAGAUCCUAUGGAAUGAAGAAGAUGCAGAAAUAAUCAAUGCUUUCAAUUUCAUGACCGAUUCUGGCAGUCCUAAGAGAAAGAGAGGACGGAAGCCUUUAAAGAAGACCUAUAUUGUUUAAUCAGAUGAUAUGCAUAUAUUAACACAAGAGGUGAAAAGGAUGCAAUGACCAACUGUUUUAUACAGCAGUCUCGUAAUUGUUAAUGGCUUCCCUCACUCGUUUGUGAUAUUCCAUAUCUAUCAUUCCAUGUUGACUUGUUUUUCCAGCUCCAUUUGUUUACAGGUAUGCAUUUUAACAGUUAAUUUGUUUCCAUACAUCAUUCAUGAAUAGGGAAUUUGUUGAAGAACUUCUCGGUAAAUAUCUAUUUCAGUUAUUAUUCUUUCUUAUUUUGUUUUCUUUACCAUGUGUGGAUGCUGGGGAUCUCCUGUGAGUGUGUGGCUCUCUCUCUCUCUCUCUCUCUAUGUAUAUAUAUGUGUGUGCGUGCGAACGCGCGUAUGUUUGUAUGUAUGUUUUUAUGUAUAUCAGUUUUCCUUUUCUAAUAAUAAAUUGGAAAUGCAUUUGACUACAGAGACGCUUAGAGGGUGAUUAAUUUUUGCGUAAAUAAUGUAAUAUAGUAGGAUGCUACGAUAAUUUGCACCAUGUAACCAUGUAUUUGACCCAAGGCAGUAAGAAUCAAUCUUCAACUCCU